AUGUACUCUCUGCGCGCGCUCCAACCGUCCCUCCGCCUCACCGGGAGGUUGUACUCGACCGCCCCACCUCCUCAUCCUCUCGUCGCCUCCCUCCGCGCCGCACUCAAGCAGUCGAUGCUUGCGAGGACGCCGGACAGGACUGCAGUGAUCAAGUCCAUCCUCGCGGACAUCCAGACCGCCGCCCACGGCGCCAGCACCGCUCCUUCGCCUCUCAAGACCCUUGCAUCAGCCAUCACGAAGCGUCUCGACGCAGCACAGACGUUCCGCUCUUCGACUCCUCCUCGAACCGACCUCGCCGAGCAGUACGAGAAGGAGGUGGAAGUGCUGCGCGAGUUCGUUCCGUCGAAGGGAGCGCAGCUGAGUCGGGAAGAGCUGGACAAGGUCGUAAAGGAGCUGUUCGAGGAGAACGAGAUCAAGAAGGCGGUUGGCAAGGACGUCGGACGGAUCAUCUCCCUCGUCAAGGAGCGUGUCGGCGAGCGGGCAGAGAGUAAGGACGUCGCAGAGGCGGUCAGAACGAUGGAGUUGCCCUGA